AUGUCUCAACCUUCCGGAGAAGAAAACCUUGUGACAUGGGCGAGACCCUUACUAGUCAACAAAGAGGGCCUGGAGCAACUGGUGGACCCUGCAUUGGCUGGAACCUACAACUUUGAUGACAUGGCGAAAGUGGCUGCUAUUGCCUCCAUGUGCGUCCACCAAGAGGUCUCACACAUACCAUUUAUGGGUGAAGUUGUGCAGGCAUUGAAACUUAUAUACAACGAUGCAGAUGAGACCUGUGGUGACUAUUGCAGCCAAAAGGACUCAUUAGUACCAAACUCUGCUGACUUCAAAGGCGAUCUGGCUCCAUCGGAUAGCAGCUUGUGGAAUUUGACACCUCGGUUAAGGUAUGGUCAAGCUUCGUCGUUCAUAACCAUGGAAUAUAGCUCCGGACCGCUAGAGGACAUGGUGAACCGGCCUCACUCUGCCUCUAGCAUUCCAAGAGAAGGAUCACCAGACUCGCUUACGAUUUGCAGUGUUCCCUCUACUAGUGCCAGUCCUGGAGAAGUCAUUGCAGAGAUUCCCUCUAAUCCACAGUCAAAGCCGGCUAAGUUUCAGUACUCGUAUCGAACAAUAUUGUCCAUCACAGAUGGUCGAUGGUAUUAUAAUAUGAAUUUCUUGACCACAAGUAGGAUCACAGAGACAAGGACAAGGGAGGGGAUCACGGAGACAAGGACGAGGAAGAGGAAUCAGAGAGACGAGGAAAAGCAAAGGGAAUCACAUAGACAAGGAGAAGGAAGAGGAAUCAGAGAGACGAGGAAAAGCAAGGGGAAUCACAUAGACAAGGAGAAGGAAGAGGAUCACAGAGAGAAGGUGAAGGACAUGGAUUACAAGGUUCGAAUGUUCAAAGCUAAGUUGGCAGUUUGUUCUAUGAAUGUCUGA